CUCAAAUAGAUAUAAUUUUUGGCAUAUGUAUAACCUGGAUAAUAUCAACAACACAUGUGCUGAGAUUUAAUUAACGACAAUAUCAAUUUCACGAAAUGGCAUCAACUUGUAAUGAGUCGAAUGAACCCGAAGAAAAUGUGGAAGAAGUAACGUGGAAAGAUUUGGGUAUCGUUGAUGCGCUUUGUCAAGCAUGCGAGGAAUUAAAAUGGAAAGCACCAUCAAAAAUUCAAAGAGAAGCCAUCCCUUUGACUCUACAAGGAAAGGAUGUAAUAGGAUUGGCUGAAACUGGUUCUGGCAAAACAGGAGCCUUUGCACUUCCGAUAUUACAGGCUCUGCUAGAAAAUCCUCAAAGAUAUUUUGCCCUCAUUUUAACACCAACAAGAGAACUCGCAUUCCAAAUUUCAGAACAAUUUGAGGCACUAGGUGCCAGUAUUGGAGUAAAAUGUGCAGUCAUAGUAGGUGGAAUGGAUAUGAUGUCUCAAGCUCUAACAUUAGCCAAAAAACCUCACAUUUUAAUUGCAACACCUGGAAGAUUGGUCGACCACCUUGAAAACACUAAAGGAUUUAAUUUACGUUCACUGAAAUUUCUGGUAAUGGAUGAAGCUGAUCGAAUAUUGAACAUGGAUUUUGAAGUUGAAGUUGAUAAAAUAUUAAGAGUUAUACCACGAGAGAGAAGAACACUACUGUUUUCUGCUACGAUGACAAAAAAAGUACAAAAACUUCAGCGCGCCUCUCUAAAGAAUCCCGUCAAGGUGGAGGUCUCAACGAAAUACCAAACCGUCGAAAAACUGCAACAAUAUUAUAUUUUCAUACCAGUGAAAUUCAAGGACGUGUACCUGGUUCACAUUUUAAAUGAAUUAGCAGGGAAUAGUUUCAUGAUUUUUUGUGGAACAUGCAACAACACCAUCAGAACGGCGCUUCUUCUAAGGAAUCUUGGAUUCAUGGCUGUUCCAUUACAUGGCCAAAUGUCACAAAAUAAACGUCUGGCUGCGCUCACCAAAUUCAAAGCUAAAAACAGAUCUGUAUUAAUUUCUACGGAUGUAGCCAGUCGAGGACUUGAUAUCCCUCAUGUGGAUAUAGUAAUAAAUUUCGAUAUACCGACGCACAGCAAAGACUAUAUUCAUCGGGUGGGAAGAACAGCUCGAGCCGGGCGUUCUGGCAGAUCGAUAACAUUUGUUACUCAAUAUGAUGUUGAAUUGUACCAGAGAAUAGAACAACUGAUAUCUAAAGAAUUGCCUCUUUACGAAACUCAGGAGGAUGAAGUUAUGGUGCUACAAGAGAGGGUAUCAGAAGCUCAGCGUAUAAUAAAAAUGGAAAUGAAGGACAUUGAAGACAACAAAAAAUCUGGUAAGGGUAAAAAGCGAAAGGGUGGCGGAGAUGAUGAAGACGAUACCGAACAAUCGAUGGGUGUCAGGAAACGAGUGAAAGGCAAAGGAUUCAAAGGCAAAAAGAAAGGAUAAGAUGCAAAUAACUCAUGUUGUAUAACUAAUCUGAAUGUUUUCGUACAUCGACCAAUAAAUAUUGGGCGUGUUGAAAUAAAAUGCCAAUUCUCUAAAUUGA